CAAGCAAACCCCAGUGCUCCUGAAUCCUGAUCACCAUGCAUUUCUUCCAGGUCGUCAUGGCGUGGAUGUUCCCGUGCGCCGUGUGCGCGGCGAUGGCGCCGGCCGUGGCGACGGCAGCGACCACGGACGGCGCUUCGAGCGUUGAGCAGGGCAGCUCCUCGUCGCCGGCGUUCGGCCCUGGCGACGCUAAGGUGGCCUCCGACCCGGGCUCCUCCCCGUCGUCGAGGUCGUCCACGUCCUCGUCCUUGCUCGGCGCCCGAAGCAGCUCGUCCAACAGCGCGCGCUCACCGGUGAGGGAGGGCGGUGACACGGCCGCACGGAAGGGCCACGCGCUGAGGCGGUGCCUGCGCAGGUUCGCCAGAAAUCUGCAGCGCGCCGGUGCUGCGGACGAGCGGCCAGACGGGCGCGGGAGACGGAAGGGCCGGGCGACGAAGCCGGACGGGAGGGUCGCCGCCGGCGAGGACGGCACCGCCCGGGCGAGGGAGGAGGCCGUCGCGAGCGCGAUCGCGUACUGCAAGGAGUCGAGCCGGCAGCGCUGCAGGCCGCCGUUGGCUCCCUCGCCCAGCUUGGACGGCUGGCUCCUCGUUCGUCCGGAGGAGGAGAUCGGCACCAGCGCCACGAGCGCCGUCUCGCGCUGCGAACGCGAGGCGCAGGGCACCUCGAGCGCCGCCGCCCCCCACCACGGCCACGCGGCCUGCGACGCGGAAUGCGGCGGCGGCAGGCCGUCGACGGUGGAAACUCGGCGAGGUCCAGCCGGGGAGAUGGAAAAUGGUGACGCUGUCGACGGGCUUGACGGGGACGUCCUUAGGAUAACGAGUUACUUCGCCGCCAAAUAUGUGCGCGCGGUGCGCCAUUGAAGAAUAGCUCGGGGUCCGUCUCACAUGAGACGAAGCAAACAGUUUGUCGUAAUCUAGAGGACCUUGUCUUACGUACCUUCGAUCUUGUAUGAUCUGUCCAUAUCAGUGUGCGAGUAGUGGUAGUAUGAUUGUAGUAAGAUCUGUCCAUAUCAAUUGUCGAUCUUAUUCUUAUAUGAUAUGAUGGCAUGCAGCGUUCCUAAGUUCUAA